UGUCUGGCUUUUAAGUUGGCACUUCCGGGUUUGUAGCAAUGGUUCCAAAUCGAAGUGAAAGCGUUCGAUGAGAGACGGCACUGGCCUAGUUUAGUCACGAAGAUGUUAUGGCUCACACAGGCGAACAGCCAGUGAGUGCGCUUAGGUCUCUGCGCUCAGACGAAGCCACUUUUGUGAAAUUUGUCAAUCGGACCCUGCGGAAUGCAAGACCUUGGUGGAUUAACUUUGAUGGAAUUCCUCAGAGCUAUGCUGAUAUUCCUCCUGGAGGAGUCCUGCAUAUGCGCACGUACCGGACUCAUCCUUGGGUUUUUCGUGAUGCAGAUACUGGAGACAAAUUGCUGAUAAAGAAUGAUGAGAUAUAUUUUCCAACAUCCAAACAAUAUGAUGAAGAUGGUCCGACUUACAUUCCUGUUGAUGUCACCAUUCCAGUAUAUUCAUUGAAGAACUGCUGCUUGCAACGUAUUCGUAAACACAUGAAAUCGGACGAUUACACAAAGUUGGAACUACCAAAGUCGCUGCAUACUGAUCUCAAAAAUUCUCCAGAUCUGCUAAGAGCAAUUGAAAACUUAAGCAAGGUCUACAGAAACAAUUAAUAAUUUGAACAUAGUAGCUCAUGAUAUUUAUUAGUAAUUAGUAUUUUCAUUUUGCCAGCUGUAUCUUGUUUUAGCAUUUCAAGUAAAUCUAUGGUUAUUCUAACCAAUACUCCUUCGUUAAUGUAAACUUACUAUGCUUCAAGCUACAACAAGGACUACACUUUAAAAACUACUUCAACGGCUGUAAAAGUCUUUGAAAUAUUGGCUGAUCAUGAGGGGCAUUUUAUAAAUGUAUAUCUUCCCUUUAUUAACCACCUGAAAUUAUGAGUAACAUCCUGUCACUAGAGCUUUAAAAUUUCAGACUGUUUGUUAAAUAAAUUUAAUAUUUGAAAA